CAUAAGCAGGACUCACACUUCACAGCUUCCAAGCCUGCCGCAUUUCGCAGCAUCCAGCACAGCCGCUCUCUCACCCUACGGGACCUCGCCAACCUGCCUUGAACCCUGUCCCAUCACACAUCCAGCUCCAGCGAUGCCUGCAGCGGCUUCCAGUCCAAGGCUCCGAGCCUUCCUGAGGCAUUAUGUUCAGGAAAAUGGCCUGUGCCGCCUCCAGCGGCCCCUGCUACACCCGUCGUGGCUCGCGCUCUGCUGGGACCGCGGUGGUGCAGGUGCUGCUGGCGGUCAUCAAGGCCGCGACGGCAAACCUGACCCAGAUGGAGUCGAACUACUUAUCUGAGCCUGUCCGCUCGCCUGCCCGGUGCACCACUGCAUCACGGGCUCGCGCGACGCCGACAGUGGCAGUGGGCCGGGAGUGGCAGCAUUCGGGCUCCCUGCGGGAGUAUUUCAUCCGCUGCCUGGAGCACCCAGACUGCAGGAUGGGGCGCGGCCUUUUCAUCGCCGUGCUGCAGCAGGUGCCGCAGCUACUGCACAAGCUGAGCCACGAUGAACAGCAGCGCGCCUACCUGCUGCAGCGCGGCGAUGAGCAGGGCCACGUGACUCUGUCGGACGUGGACGGUGCCGGGCUGCUGGAGGAGGGGCUGCUGCGCACCACCCAGCUUACGUUAAGGCGUGCAGUUUAACCACUGCGUAGGCUAGCAAAGCGUGCCCCCCGCUGCCCCCCCGAGCACACAGUUUGAGGCCACAAAACACGCAGUUUCCCGGCUGCGUGGUUCUGCAAAAUUGCCGCACCGGGGGGGGCGUGGUGCAAAAUAGUUGCCAGUUUGGGGGUGCGUGGUGGAAAUUUAAUUGUUUUUUUAACGGGGUGCGUGGUGAUUGCGUUAUCGUACGGUAUGGCGGUGGAACCGGUCGGUGUACGCCAGUGUCUGCAGCCCCAUCGCCAUACCGUGCAGCUCCGUCACGAAAUAGAAGCAGGCGGUGCGGUCCGCCGCAAGCAGCACCGGCUCGGCAGGGCCCCCAGCAGGUGCUGGUGCGAGGCACCGCACAUCAAGUGGAAAGCCUUGAAUUCCAACGGCGCAAAGGCGUCCGUGAUCAUCGUUGGCGCUUCCUGAGCGAAGAUCAGGUCCGCCGCCCGCCACACCGCUGCUGGCUGCUGCUGCUGUGCACAUGGCAGUGUAUGUGAGCCUCCUCGGGCAAAGUUUAGUUAUGAGGCAGUUGUUAAAUCAAUGGUGGGCAAUGGUCGGUUGUUGGCAUGACCGCAUGUGGAAGUGUGGUGUGUACGGGAUUGCUGUGUGCGUACUUGAAGUGCAAGUACCAUGUAGUUUGCACUGACUUGCACUGACAAAUAAAAUGAGGAGAGGGAUUGCUGCGAAGGCAAAAAGCGUGUGUGGAUGGUCAAGCAACAUAUGCGUUGAGUAUCACGGUUCUGCUAACUACUUUGACGAGUGAAUCAUAACGCAAUGCUGGUGUCACGCAAACCCAACUCGAAUACUGUGAUUGCUGGGCCUAGGUUGCUGUAGAUGGCAAGCGAGUCUGUCUGUAG